UGUGAGCUCUGUUUCAAUGGCGACUCCUGAUAACAAUAGAGUUCCUCAAGAUCAAAAGAAACGCAGUUUGGAGGCAUUAGAGCGAAGAUUCGCAUCUGCCAAAGCUGAACUUGCUCUGCACCAGAAGAAGCAGACCGCUAUUACCUCCAGCCAAGAAGAUGGAAAACACUCCAAUUCCACUGAUUCGUCAGUUAAAGGGAAUUUCACUUUCUCAGGCUAUUUUGCUUUAGAAGAUGUUGACAAAAAUGAUCCAACGUACUCAAACCUUUCUCAAUCAGUUCAUGAGAAUUUAUUGACGACCAAUAUUUCUGGUAGAAGAGAAAGCAAAGUUGAUAAGAUUUUGCAUAAUCUUCUUCAAAACGGCGAUUCAGCUCAGAAGUACAUGCAAGGAUCGAGAAGCAAAAAGAUUGACAAUGUGAUCCUGCUGGAUAAUUAUGUUCAAGGACGGAGAAUGCCUACCGGUUCUCGACUCAGGGCUUUGCAAAUCCAUUCGAAACGUUCGAAAAAGCACAUGUCAAUGAAGCAACAUAAAAAGCAUGGAUCAUUGGAUUUGCCUCGAGAGCUCCAUAAAUAUGAAAACUUCAAACCAAUGCAUGAGAUGUGGAAAGAUUACAUGACCCAGCUUCUUAAAGUUUGUGGAAAAAAUCAGAUCGCUCAAUGUCUUAUGGAAGCAGAUCUACAUGGUGCUAUUAUUUUAGUUGUUGAGUGUAAAAUAACUUCUUUCACUGGGGUGAGUGGUAUCGUGAUUCGUGAAACUGCAGAGACAUUUGGGAUUAUCACUCAAGACGAUAAAUUCCGAGUUGUCCCCAAAAAGUUUUCCGUCUUUGUGUUCCAAGUCGAUUGCUGGAAGGUUACACUGCAAGGAGACAAACUCACUUCAAGAGAUACUCCGCUGAUGCGCCAAUUUUGAACUCGCAGAAGAAAUCAGAUAAGCGCAUUAAUUUCUGUAGUGGAUGAUUCUUCAUUAGGCUAAUCUUUGGUGGUAGUGAUGUUUUUAUUCUCUCUUUGGUCUGGUCUAGGAAGUUGUUUUAACAAAGCUUCCUCAUAAACUGAAGCCUCUAACAUAGCACGUGUUUUUAAUCUUGUAACAAUUCAAGUUUUUUCAUAAAGUUGUGGCAUCUUUUAACUUGGCAUAGAUGUUUAUACGGUUCCCAAAUACGGUUAUAUGGCCUUUUUGGAUCUUGCAAAAGCUACUAGAAUGAAUUUGUAUAACAGCAAAGUCCUUACUUUCCAACACAUCACUCGGAGUAAAUUUGCAUGACUACAUCGAUUUCUUGUAUAAUGAUGCAUUUGGAUUUGGGAUCUUAUGUUUGGUAUCUUUGUAAUUGCUUGAUAUACUAAAGAAAUCGUGAUAGAUUUUUUUACGAUGCAAUACUCUCCAUUAAUUGAAACUUGCACACAAAGUCUGAUGAAACUUGAUAUAUGAUAUGAUUUUUACCGAAGAAAAAACACGUUGUU